AUGGGGUUAGAUGAUAUUAUGUUAGCUCAGGUCAAGGAGCUUAGGAAAAAGCGUGGCAUCAUUAAGGCGUCUCUUACGCGCAUGAAAAACUUUGUUGAAGGAUUCGAUCCAACAGUUGACGCUAUAUCACUAUUGGAAUUUCGCCAAGAAGAGUUGCCGCGUUUAAACCAAAAAUUUGACGACAUACAGACACAAUUGGAAUUGAUUGUGGUCGAUGAUGUCGAUAAGGAAGAAGAGGAGCGGGAUAGGUUCGAAUUCGAUUAUUUUAAUAUUCGUUCUAAUAUUCAAGAAAUUGUAAAUGCAAAGAAGAGUGUCAACAGCAGUUGUCACAACUCAACCUUCAAUAAUAUGUCAGCGGGUCACAGCCGUGCCCAAUUGCCUAUCAUUACGCUACCAACAUUUGACGGCGAUAUCCAAGAUUGGGAGUCAUUUUUCGAUUGUUUCCGAGCUAUGAUACACGACGAUGGUAGAUUUACACCCGCACAAAAAUUCUACUAUCUCCGAUCAAGUAUUAGUGGUCCAGCGUUAGACCUAAUCAAGUCGAUUCCAAUGACAGAUGCUAAUUAUGAAGUGGCCAUAGAACGCCUGAAACAACGAUAUGACAAUCGCAGUCUUGUCAUUCAAUCGCACAUUCGGUCUCUUCUGGAAUCACCGUAUGUAGAGCAGCCGACAGCUAAAGAACUUCAAGCAUUACAUGCCCAUGUCAGUGCUCAUGUUGCAGCACUAAGAGUUCUAAAUCAGCCAACGGAACAUUGGGAUGCGUGGUUGGUGACGAUAAUCGUAAGCCGCUUAGAUGCUGCUACCAGUCAUGGCUGGCAAUUAAGACAACAAAACACCCAACUUCCUAAGUAUUGUGACUUAGAGAAAUUCUUAUCCAGUCGGUGUGUAGCCUUUGAAUCUUCAGAAGCAGCAUCCGGGUCAAAAGGAGAUAUUAAGACAAAUUCGAGUAGUGAAACAACAAAGAAAAGUAGUGUCAAACGUUCUUCAACUGAACCAAGGCGAGCCUUUGUAGCAGCAGCUGAUAUAGUAUCCUGUCAUGUAUAUUCCUGGGUUUUGGUGCCUCUCGGCUACAAUCACGGACCUUAUAUUAGCGCUGUGCGCUAG